UGAAACCCAUUCUCACCACAAGGUGCCCUCCGCCCUCCGUCCUCCGCUGGCUGGCAGCCGCAGCACUGCAAAACUGGUCGGGUGACUGGUUCCUGGCCGCUGCUGUCUCUCUCGAUGUCGAAUAAGUCUAACAAGACGCUGUCGGCCAGGCUGGCUGAGUUGACCUCCUCAGCGCCAUGUACCACCUUCAAUCCUGAUGCACCUGACUUCGACGACGGAACCGGCGCAGGUCUUCAAAGGUACGACGAUGACGAUAACUAUGACAAGGGAGGCGAGUCGAAGAUGAACCAACACCGGCCUUCCGCGGAUCUUCGCGUGGCGGCCGACAUGGAGAGCAUCGGGCAAGAGUACCACGGCAAGCGGGUGUCCAGGAAGAGCCUCGAAGCAACAGCAGUAGGAGACGCACACGAUCCAGACCAGGCUUCGGAGGGCGACGGUAGCUCUGACGACGACGACAACGACGAUGGCGACAUGAGUGAGAGUGGGGAGGGAACAGCGGCAUCGUCUUCAAGAAAGAUGGCGCCAUCAUUUAACCUUGACGAUGUUAGCUCCUCUGAGGAGGGUGAGGAAGACGAGGACGACGAAGAUGGUGAGAAAACGGCGUCGUCAACGUCGAAACACGGAAGCGGGCAGGGAGCAGGGAAGCGCGUCCACUGGGGUGGGCAGUUGGAUGAAGAUGACGGAGGGGGGGGGGCGCUGACGGGGGGANGAGCAGGGAAGCGCGUCCACUGGGGUGGGCAGUUGGAUGAAGAUGACGGAGGGGGGGGGGGCGCUGACGGGGGCAAGCGUCAAAGACAGCAGCAGGCGAGCGUGUUUGCCGGUGUGAGGGGAGGGGACGUGGACACGGGUGCCUCCGUGGAGGAGCAGAUGAAGCAGCUUGAUGAGCAAGAUGAGAAGGCCAGGACGGACGGCGGGGGUGUUGCGGGGCAGGGAGAGCUUCGGCGAGCCAGGGAGGCACUCAGGCAGCGGGAGUGGUGGGAUAGCUUGCUCGAAGUCCGAAUCUUACUGCAGCGCCUCAUGAACGCAGCCAACAAGUUGCCAGGACCGAACGAGCUCCCUCUCUUCUUGGAGGGUGACGAGGAGCUGACAGCUCUCGCCGAGGAAAGCGCAGGCGCCGCGCAAGGAUUGGCCACCCAGUUGUCAGCAGUACGGCGAUCGCACAUGUCGUGCUGGGGAAUCGCCAACAGCAAAAGCGGCGACAGCGGCGGCGGUAGUGGCGAUGACGGCACGGCAGCGAUGGUCACCGAUGACGACGAUGAGCAGAAAGUAGGCAACGAUCACGGCAAGGACAAAGGCGAGGGCCCGACCACCACCUCCGAGGGUAAUGCCGAGGGCGAGGAGGCAGUGGCGGCGACGGAGCACAGGAGUUGCAUGGGGUGGUGGAGCGGCGUGCUAGGGCGAUGGCACGAGAGGACGCAGCUCGUCGACCCUGGCCUGCAGAAGAAGUUUAAGGUGGUGAACCAGGGGCCGUGGGCGCAGAUCACCGCGAGCUUGGCCGACAGAGAACGGGCGAACCGGAGGUCCUUCAUGACGGAGUCGGAGACAUCGGAGUUUCUUGGACGAAAACUCGCCAAGCAUCUCGACGCGGCCAAAGGCGACGGCGACGCUGGCUCGGCGGCGGCGGCAGCGGCGGGGGGGAGUGACGAUGAGGGCGACGAAGACGUAGUCGGGCGUGUAAGACGAAAAGAUGGAGCCGAGCCCCUCGACCUGGAGGUUCUUGAUGACCGCAACCUGUACCAGCACCUACUCAAGGAGUUUAUGGACGCCAGCGGGACCGCCGGCAGCGGUUACUCCGCGGUUCCCAUCCGACGGAAAUCGCGAAAGAAGAGCGUGGACCGGAAAGCGUCCAAAGGGCGCAAGAUCAAGUACGUCACGCACCCUAAGAUGCAGAACUUCAUGUUCCCGCAGGAGUAUGAGACACCCCCGAUGGAACCUUCGGAGCUGUUCGCUUCCCUGUUUGGCGGGGCUGGCAGAACUCAAUAGCCAAUACAACCUACAAGUAGUUCGUUCCGUACCUGAGUUUUUGGCAUGGCGUUGAUCCAAGCUCCAGCGUGUCAUUUCCAUGAGGACAGGGUGCGGGGUAUGACGUUGUAGCGAACAGUAUAUAGGGAGGGGUGUGCCCAGAACAAUCGAUGUUGAUCGCCUUUGCAUCUUGGGGAUUGUUUGCCUCCAGGUUACAUUAUUUGUCGAUUGCUUGAUUUUUGUCCCGUGAUGCAUUUCUCCACCUUUAGUCUCAAGUUCGAACGGAUUCACCCGCUUCAACUAGUAGUAGUGUCAGGGGGGAUGGCACCCUAGUGUAAAGUGUGAAUGGGUUGGGUGAUCCUUGCAGCCAAUCGUGUCGCGACGAUCGGCGGGACGCCGCGAAAGGUUCUGGUUUGAUGACGUGACAAGACGAUGUUCUGUACACCGUGUCCACGCCCUUCUCCUGUUGUUGCCAAGCGUGAAGUAAGUAAAUACCGUCGAACUGG